AUGUCCGUCGAUCCAGUUCAGACGGAUCCGCCGCUCCUCAGCGACCACUCCGAAAUCAAGACAUAUACUACCAGCAAAUUCACCUAUCCAAACCUCCGAAUCUUCUACCGCCGCCAUCCGAAAGCCGAUGAGCUUCCCAAAGUCCCUUCGCCACUUCCCCUUCUUGUCUUUAUCCAUGGACUAGGUGGCUCCGUUGCGCAAUUCCAUCCUCUUCUCACCAGUCUUUUACCGAUAGCGUCGUGUCUGGCGAUCGACCUUCCGGGAUGUGGCCGAUCCGAGUUCUCGGAGAAGGCAUGGGCUGCAUAUACGACGGAGGCCUUAACCGAAUUACUGGAGAUCAUAAUUGAGAGCUAUAGAGACAAGAAGGCGGGGCAACAGGUCGUUCUGAUAGGGCACAGUAUGGGAUCGGCUCUCUGCGCCCAUCUCUCCAGCAAAGAACUGCCACAUGUGACAAAUUUGGUCAAUAAUAUUGUUGGCCUUGUCGGGAUCUGUCCGGUGUCUGGCCCACCUCCCGAGGACAAGGUCAAGACUUUCAGGAUGCUGUUAUGGAUUCCAGGGUGGAUUUUCAAUCUGUGGAGGAUGUGGGAUCGCCGAGGGGAUGUGAAUAGUGCAAGCGUCACGCGAUUCGUUGGCGAGAACGCGGAUGCGGAGUCCCGGCGGCUCCAGCACAUAUUUAACUGCCAAAGUCGGACGCCAGUGUGGAGACGAAUGGCGUACGGCUCCCUCCCGGUGUAUAAAGACGGUGUGCCCGUGGGCGGGCUACCGACUUCGGAGAUCUGGAAGGGCCUCGAGAUGCCGAUCUUUCUAGUCGCUGGAAAGGCGGACAAAAUAACGCCUCCCACCGAAGCCACGAAGCUUGCCAGUCUGUUUGAAGCAGGUCCCACGAUCAAAGCUCAACUUGGAAGCCUGGAGGACAGUUCCGCUUCAGCCGCUGCAUCUUCUACCACUGUCGAGGACACUCAAGCCCCUGAGGACAAUGACGCCGACGACUUGAAAGUCCCGCGGGUCUCUGCAGACUCCGAUAUAGACAGCCCUGAUAGCGAACCUACGACACCCCGCACGCCAAAUCCCCGAAACCACACGGACGAAGAUAUUCCCGAGCAGCCUCUGCACCCUAGGGGAGUGAUGAAGACUCUGAUCAUGCCUUCCCCAGCGAACCAUGCUCUCCUCUACAUGCCUUUGACUGUUCGUAUUCUCGCCGGCAAUGUAUCCGACUUCCUUUCGACAUAUGUUACCGGCCGGCUUGCGCUCUCGUGGCAAUUGCAGUAUCUAGCCAAGGAAGGGAAGUGGGAAAUGAAGAACUUGGCAAAAUGGAAGAGUGUCCAACCCGUCUCUCGGCCCAUCGGUCCUGCGGACAAACCCGUUUUUGUCGCCAUGAAGACGCUACGGGAAGUCGACGAAGUACAUUGCCCCUCGGAAUUCGUCAAGAACUGGGGCGACAAGAUCGCCGACAUCAUAGACAUCAGCCGCGACCAGCCCUCGUACGAUCCAACCGGUCUCCAGAAGGGAGGUAUCGCCUAUCACAAAUUGUCGACGGUGUCCAAGAUUCCGCCGACAGACGAGGAUGUCGAAAAGUUCGUCUCGCUGGUGGACAGCAUCAGGAGCUCCCGGCCGGCGGGCGAGACGAGGGAGCUGAUCGGUGUCCAUUGCCAUUACGGGUUCAACCGGACGGGGUACUUUAUCGUGUCGUACCUUGUUGAGCGGUGCGGGUUUACGGUGGAGGAUGCCAUGGCGGAGUUCGCUAAGGCGCGUCCUAAUGGCAUUCGUCAUCAGCACUUCAGGGACAAGCUUUGCAUGAAGUAUGGUAUGUUGGUCAGGAAUGCAGAGCAGGAGUCUUGA